AUGGAAGCGAACGAGGAGGCGAGGGACUGGGCGGAGCUGCCGAGGGACGCGUUGCUGGCCGUGCUCCAUAGGCUGCACCAUGAAGACGUGCUCACGGGGGCCGGGCAGGUGUGCCGCCCCUGGCGCCGCGCGGCGCGGGACGAGCCCGAGCUGUGGCGCCGCAUCGACCUGCGCCGCCGUGCCGCGCUCUCCACGCCCAUCGUCCACCUAGACGCGAUGGCGCACGUUGCCGUGAUGCAUAGCGCGGGACGGUGCGAGGCCUUCUGGGCCAAGGACUUCGUCGACGACACCUUCAUCGUCUUCCUCAGUCGUCGGGCCCCCAAACUGAAGAGCCUCUGCCUCAUCUCCUCCAACAUCUCGACGCAGGCCUGCCCGCUCCUGAAGCGGCUCCGGCUGAGCAAGUACCGCUUCCACCGGCGGUCAGCCGUCGGCGACAGCGAAGCCAUGGAGAUCGCCAAGAUGCGCGACCUCCGGUGCCUGCAGCUCUUAGGCAACAGCAUCAGCAACGUCGGCCUCGCGGCUAUCCUCGGAGGCUGCGCGCGUCUGGAAUCCCUCGACAUCCGCCACUGUUUCGACGUCGAGAUGAACGAUGAGACGCGCGUUAUGUGUGCCAGGCUGCAGACGCUGAGGCUACCAGACGACAGCAUGGACGGGUACGACCUCAGCUUUGGCAGCCCUGAGAUGAACCCAGGGAUCCCUGGAUUGGGUUUUCCUGACAAUCCUGUAAUGAACUUCGGUUUUCGUGGAGAUAUACUCUGGGAUUCAUGGUAG